CCACUCAAACAUGAAAAAGUUGAACUGACAGCGCAGAACCAACUCCGCACUCUGAAUUGGACGAUAGGUAGGCUAGUCCUAUCAUACCGCCACCGGGGAUUGUUUUUGUGGAGAGAUCGAUUUUGGGAAUCACUGUCUACGUGCGCAACUGAAGUUUUAUUUUAUGGGUUUUGAUUUAGGCUGCUGUGCAAUAGUAUGCAUUUUUGUGUUUGACGUUUGCUCUGGGAGUAAAAGGAGUGCUUAACAUUAAUAUUUUAACCAAAUGGAUUAUGUUCAUUUUGCGCAAAAGUCCUUAUAAGAAGUUGUUUUGCUGUAAGGUUCUGGAUAUGUUUUCGCAGUAUACCUUGCUAAGUGAGUGAUGAUUGAUUUGGAUAUGUCAGGACCGCUGAGCGCUCAUCCGCACACUCCAUCAUUCCUGGACUGGGGAAAGUAAGAAACCACCUGUUGUGAAAGCUGUCUGGAACUUCCCACGGAUAUACCGCGGCUGCUAAAACAAGACAUUGGAAAGGCGCGCGCAGAACUCGUUUUGUAUUCAUGGGACAGGCUAAUAGUCAUAAUUUAAUUGAUUUAUAUUCCUUUUAGUUAAUUAUGUUGCCAUGGUGGUGCGGGUUAAGAUGAGGAGUCCUGUCUUGGCCACCAGUUGCUGUUGCGCUCAGAAUGGCUCGCGAGGACGCGGUGAGGUGCCUGCGCUGCCUGCUCUACGCUCUCAAUUUACUCUUCUGGCUCAUGUCGAUAUGUGUCCUGGGGGUGGCUGCUUGGCUCAGGGACUACCUGAACACUGUGCUCAUCUUGACGGCCCACACCAGGCUGGAGGAAGCAGCAGUUCUCACGUAUUCCCCGGCUGUCCAUCCCGUCAUCAUUGCAGUGUGUUGUUUUCUUAUCAUUGUUGCCAUGGUGGGCUACUGCGGCACACUGAAAUGCAACCUUCUACUCCUGUCCUGGUACUUUGGCAGUCUGUUGGUGAUCUUCUGUGUGGAGUUGGCCAGUGGGGUGUGGACGUAUGACGAGCCCUCAGUUCAGAGGUCAGAUAUGAUCAGUCUGAAGUCCAGGAUGCCCAACUAUGGCCUGCAGCGUUACCAGUGGCUAACACACACCUGGAACACCUUCCAGACUGAGUUUAAGUGCUGUGGGGUCAUCUACUUCACUGAUUGGCUGGAGAUGACAGAGAUGGAGUGGCCACCAGACUCCUGUUGCUCCAAUCAGUAUCCAGGAUGUGCUCGCCAUGCCCACUACCGUGACCUCAGUGACCUUCACCAAGAGGGCUGCGGGCCGAAGAUCUACAGUUUCAUCCGGGGGACUAAGCAGCUACAGGUGCUGCGUUUCCUGGGUGUGUCUAUAGGAGUGGCCCAGAUCCUGGCCAUGACCCUGACCCUAACCCUGCUCUGGGCCCUCUACUACGACCGCAAGCCCCCCGAGCCCACCCUGCCCGACCCCCACCCAGGAACCAACCCUGGACCUCUAACCAUCACUCACGGACCCCCAGGGGAGGCUCGUAAAUCGGGUAUCACUCACCCGGCUGAGGCCUGGUCCAAUACCGCGACCACGUCUAACGGACAUGGACACACCCAGUUUGAGAUGGAGAGGCUGUCCUAGCGGGUGGCACACUGUCCACCCCUCUGCCCCUCACACCACCCCUCACCCCUACUUCACAGUAGAAUCAGGGGAUGAGGAAAAAGUGUGAGACUGGAUGGGGGGAGAGAGGGGGGUUGAGUAAAAGAGGGUAAGAGACUUGAGAAAGAUUGGACACAGGUGCAGGAGAGUGAAUGCACCUCAUG